CCGGCAACAGAGCCAAACAGAACAAUUAGUCUCGACCGAUAUACAGUGUUCUCCUCGUAUAUAUCCGCGUAUAUAGGUUCAAGAAGCGCACAAAGUAAACCAUGUAAAGUCUAGCGAUUACGGUGAAGAUAUGUUGGUUUUGCGGUGAAUGCGAUUAACGGCCGCGAUCUGACCUGACACAACUGUCCCACGAGCUUCGGAUAAAGAGAUUGAUAUAUAGAGAUAUAGAAAAUGGCCUCCAAUAGCAGCAGCACCACCGAUCUGGACAGCCAGGUCAAUGUGGAGGACUUGCCCAUUACGUUCAAGGUAAAAUACAUUGGCUCGGAGGUGGCUCGCGGCUUGUGGGGCAUCAAGUACACCCGCCGGCCCGUGGAUAUUAUGGUGGGCGUCGCCAAGAACCUGCCACCCAAUAAGGUCUUACCAAACUGCGACCUAAAGGUAUCCACAAACGGAGUUCAGCUGGAGAUCAUCUCGCCCAAGGCCAGCAUCAACCACUGGAGCUACCCCAUUGACACAAUAUCAUAUGGAGUGCAGGAUCUGGUCUACACCAGGGUCUUUGCCAUGAUUGUGGUCAAAGAUGAGGCCAGUCCGCAUCCGUUCGAGGUGCAUGCCUUCGUCUGCGAUAGCCGGGCGAUGGCCCGUAAGCUAACCUUUGCUCUGGCCGCCGCUUUUCAGGACUACAGCCGAAGGGUCAAGGAACUGGCCGGGGAGGAGGAUGACCAGACAAAUGGAGACACCAUUACGCCAACGCGCCAAAAGUUCGCCAUCGAUCUGCGAACACCGGAGGAGAUCCAGGCCGGCGAACUGGACCAGGAGACGGAGGCGUAGGCAAUGUGGGGUUGGGUUCAAUGUCAAUGUGAUGUCAUAGUUACUUAUCGUCCAGUGUCCACUGUAUUUGUAUAUUUUGUAGUUCUCUCACCUGGUAGUUGCCUCAUACAGCUAAUUACCCAAAGCUUAAGUGUUAAUGCGAUUUGUAAACGAUUUUCUAUAAUAAAUUAUGAAUAUUGUACUUAA